GCAGCUACGGAAGCCGUCGCGUUUGCGCAACAGGGCAGCUAGUGAGCUUCCUGAAAAUGGCCAGCUGGGGAAAGUUCGCCGCCGUCUUUAGAAAUGUGGUAAGGAGCUCUCGGGUUCUAAAAAGUUUCACAAAAUGCAGAGUUAUCGGUUCCGGUAUUUUGGGCUCUGUCAUUGGAACCGGAGGACUCUGUUAUUACUACUAUCAGCAUGCUAACAGCAGGAUUCUACCCUUCGCUGUUCUUGCAGAGGAAGAAAAGGAACCUGCAGCUCCUCAGUUGUCUGCCAGAAAGAUCCGUUUCACCCAGUUUGCCUCAGUAGUGUAUGAACUAGAGCCCUACAUGACUCCGAGGGACUUCCUGUUCUCUGUUAUGCUGGAACAAGUGGAUCGAAAGCUCCAGAAGAGAAUCUUAACACCACAGGAUGUGGACAAAAUGUUGAGGGCUGCUUCUAAUGCUCGUCCCGGCAGUGAUCUGUUCAGAAAUUUAGGGGACAACGGUCUAAUAUCCUACACCGAGUACCUCUUCCUGCUGACCAUUCUGACCAAGCCGUUGACAGGGUUUCAUAUAGCUUUCAAAAUGCUGGAUGUGGACGGCAAUGAGCAUGUGGACAAAAAGGAAUUUCUUAAGCUCAAGAACAUAAUCGGCAAAACGAAACUGAAACCUCCCAAGGAUGUUGCAGAGAAAGCAGCAGAGGAAGGGGAGGCUGUAAACACAACACUACAGGCGCACUUCUUUGGAAAGAAAGGGGACGACAAGCUGCAGUAUCAGAAGUUUCGCAGAUUCAUGGAGGACCUGCAAGCUGAGGUUCAGGAGAUGGAGUUCCUGCAGUUCUCUAAAGGCAUGGACACCAUGAGAAGGGAAGACUUUGCAGAGUGGCUACUGCACUACACCAAUGAAGAAUAUAACGAAGUCUACUGGGAAAACAUGAGGAAGAAGAUCCCAGCUGGUCAGAGCAUCACAUUUGAGGAAUUUGAAGCCUUCUGCCUGUUCACCAACAACCUGGAGGAUUUCGCCUUUUCGAUGAAGAUGAUCACUGAGGCCAAUCGUCCUGUGGGAAUGGCCCAGUUUAAGCGGGCUGUGAAGAUUGCCACUGGCCAUGAGCUCUCAGAGAAUGUUCUGGACACGGUGUUCAAACUCUUUGACAUGGAUGGAGACAACUGCCUGAGUCAGAAGGAAUUUAUGGGAGUAAUGACGGAUAGAGUACUGCGAGGUCUGAAGGUGGAGCAGCAGAGUGGCAUCUCUGGCUACUGGAAGUGUGUGAAGAGGGAGACACUGAAAGGUGCUCAGGAAGCCCUGGAACACACCAGCUGCCCCAUCUGACCUGCUUGCAUGCUCACCACUGCAUAUAUUUGUUUUAUAUGAUUAAACAAAUGAUGUGAAUGAGAUUAUACAACUAAGCACAUACAAAUAUAGGGUUAUACCACUGCCUUAUCUCACAACACAUUCACACUUCAGCCGGAGCUUGGGGUCGUGGUGUUUACAUUUUAUAUCGGGAAUAGCUGAUCAGUCACAUUUGGCUUUUUUUGUUUUUGCACUUAAAACAAAUCGGUUCCAGUUUCCACAGGUGAGAAACCUGACUCUUACUAAUGUAGACAUGGAACAAGAGGCCAGAUUUCUCACAUGGAUAUGAAUAUUUUCAGACCAGUUAACUGAUUGUCAGGGCAGGUUCUGAGCAUGGUGAGAUGCAGCAUAUCGUCAGGAUUUAUUCCAAAGAGAUCAGAGUGACUCUUUUGUUUUACAGCAGGGUCCAAACCUGCAUGUGUUAAACACAGCUGGAUGUACAGCAUGUACCUAGAAACAGGUAUGUCCCUGUAUUUGGCCUGAGGCCAUGUUUACAGUGACACUCUGAGCUUUUUAAUGUUUGGUGGUGGGUUGUUCAUGUUCUUGUCAAUAUUUAAUAAAGUUUCCCAAAAACCUA